AUGGAGGCGGAGGCGGACGGGGAGGAGGAGGACGAUGACGCGCGGGCGAGCGGGACGCCGGGUGACCGGGACGUGAGCGCGUCGGUGGUCACGGCGAGCGACGGUGAGCUUUCGCCCGUGAUCGAGGACGCGUGGGCGAUGGCGGAGAGUCCGUCCACGGAGGCACCGCCCACGCAGACGCCGCCGAUGCGAGUGAGUGCGAGGGUGGCGGCGAUCGAGGAGAAGGCCAGAGGCGUGGAGUCGCAAUCGGAAGAGGACAACAUGGGCGGUCUCGAGACGCCUGAGCGUGAUGUGACGUCGAUGCGCGGUGAAGAAGACGAUUGCGAUGACGACGUCAUGCUCGGUGGCACCCCGGAAGGGACAGAUGAAGACGAAGAGGAGGAGGGUCAAAAGGUGGAGACGAAUGGUCAACAGAAUCUAUUGUCGCCUGAGGAUAGGUUCCGCCGGAGCGACAUCGAGACGCGACAUCGAGACGCGAGGCCAGGUGGAAUUUGGGCGUCGAUCGGAUCUCCGAUGACGACUCCGUUCCAGGCGAGGGCGGUGGGAGGUUCCAUCGAUGCGGGUGCGACGCCAAAACCGAGCGCCGCCGCGGCGCGCCAGCGCGCCAAGAUGCGCCAGUCAUUGCCGGCGCAGUUCCAAGCUCCCAUGCCCAUUUCACGACAAGUUGCAGCGCGCAUCGAUUGUUUGGGUCCUUCGCUCAAUAUCGUGCAGCGGAUGAUGCUCGUGGUUGGAAUCUUGCUCGAUUUCUACUCAAAGACGCAGUUGAUUCGUGAACUUAUGCGCUUUGCGCACGCGGGUUCCUGGGUCUGGUUCAGUUUCGUUCUCGUUUUCUUCGUGUUCUCCGCGAUGUGUAUCACAGGAUACUGGGUGCUGCAUUAUCCCAUGCCGCCCAAACCUGAGCCGGGAAGCGAGGGCAAGCAACAAAAGGUGUUUGGCUUCAGCAAAUAUGACUUCAAGCGUUACGUGAGACGAUUCGGUGCUGUGUGCGCUACGUUGCAACUCGGUACGGCCUUUGCGGCGUGGCGAGCGCUUCGUACCAACGAUUUGCGCGCAAGAAAAGCCGAAAUGGACCUUCGGGGAAUGCAACUGGUCGACACCAUCUUCUUGACGCUGCCCAUGGCGACGCUCCAAGCAUACAUUGGGAUGACAUGCUCCUCACCAGCGAACGUCUGUCCGGGUCGCGACGGAUUUGAUGUCUUACUUUUCUUCGCUGUCGCCGGCUCCAUCACGUCUGGCACUCUGUGCUUCCUUUCGCUGGACCUUCACGAAAAACCGCCAACGCUCACUUGGAAGGAGUACUGGAAAGUGCACAGAGCGCACCUUUCUGAGAUGAUUGCCAAGGGUUUCUACCGAUUCUUUGAGCUCGCUGCGCGCGUCUGCACCAUUGGCCUGUUCGCCGCGGUCACAGGUCCGUACGUCAUGCUCGUGUUUUUCGUGCACGCGUGCAUUAUCCUGGGUUUGAUCAAAUACCCUCUCUCUGGCGUUCCAGACAGAAAGGUGUGGGAGCGUUUCUGGGAAGUGCGCCCGUUCAAAAUCUUUGGACGCGUCUGGAAACUCCCAGUCCUCGACGACAUCAAGCUUUUGGUUGCAUGCUUGAUUUGGCCGCCGUCAUCAUACGUGUCGAACGCGACCGAUCGUAAGGGCAAAUUUUGGUGGCGUUCGACGUCGUGCCCACGGAAAUCGUUUUGGGCAUUGACUCGCGAAGACGCUCUUAUUCCGUUCGCCGUCGUCCUCGGUGUGCUUGCCUUCGAAGCUGGAAUCAUGCUCAUUAUCAUCUCCUUGAUUGCCGAGGAACACUAUUACAUGUACCUCAGCAUUGCCGUCAUGACAAACUUCUUGUGGUUGAUAAGCGCGGUGAACUGGAUGAGUGCAGCGGCACUUUGGAAUCCGUUCGUUCCGGAGGGGCCGCCCUUGGGUUAUCCUAGUGUGAGUGCUAUCAACAGUGCGAUCGGUAACCGCCAACUGUUCGCGGGAGUGAACAGGACGCCGAUGAAGAGCCCUGGUUCCAACACUUUCGCGCGCUCACCGAUGGUUCCUUUCCGUUCUCCGUUGCAGCGCAUGGAGGAAAACAAGGCAUCACUGAACCUUGGAGGCGCACAGAAGAUUGAGGAGCUCACGACGCCUGUGCUUGGCGCAGCAGAUGUCAGGAGGAGCGACUCAUCAUCUGAGUCUCCGUCGUUGGGACCGCGAACGGUCCCAGUCAUGCUCAAGGGAAGUCCAAGACCUGUUGAGGUGUACGUAGACAUGGGCGACGACUCAGCCGAGCUCACGGAAGUAGAAGAAGAAGCCAACCCCAUGGUGGUCGCUGCCCUCGGAGAGGAAGCCAUGUUACGCACCAGUCUACAAUGGCGAGACUCCAUGGAUCUCGAUCGAACGAUGUCUGGUGACGUUGAAUGUGGCCAAAGUAUAGAUGACUUGGAGGCGGCGCGUGAAGCGCUCAACGCAGUUGCGGCCCUGAACACGACUGAAGAGUUCGAUGGUGACUAUGGUGCCACUCCUAACUUCGGCGGUGAUACGCCUAACUUGGCCUCACCGUCCGUGUUUAUGGAUAAGGAAAACAACGAAGACUUCCAAGAGACGCCAGAGAUGGGCGAUGGCCCAGAGAUGGGCAACGGCGCCUCCCCGAUAUUCCCGGUGUCACCUGUCGUGCACACGUCUGGGGGAUACUCACCACGUUGA